AUGUACACUUUAAAUACUUUUGCUAUCCCAGUAAACAAGUACACCCAAGUUGGCAAGAUCAAAGCUGCUGAGUCAGGUAUGAGAAGCUGUGAUCUCAAAGCAAGAGCAUGUAAUGUCGGUUCAGUAGUUGCAUCAAUGGUUGGGAUGACUAAAAAAUCAAACCAAUUAGCAGCCAAAUCUGAGGGUCACAUUCAAGCUUUGCACGGGCAUGCAAAGGACUUGAGAGCAGCUGUAGAACAAAAAGCUCCUCAUCAUCAGUUCGGUGGUGCAACCACGGCCAAACAACAAAAGAGCAUAGUAAAUCACGGCCAAAAGACGUUGAAAGGGUAUGAAAGCAGAGUGGCAAAUGCAAAAGCAGCAAGUGCAAAACAAAAUUCCGCUUCUUUUGGCCGUAUGAAUAGUUUCGAUGAGAUGCAUGGUGGAAUAUAA